AACCUGAACGGCUGAAGACAGUUUUCUGAUGGACCCCAAGGAAGUUAAAUCAGCAUUGAAAAAUGCUAGAGAAUGUAUAAAGAAUAAAGACUACAAAGAGGCUCUGAGACAUUGCAAAGGAGUUUUGGCACAGGACAAGAGCAAUUACAAUGCCUUUGUAUUUGUGGGGGUGGCUGCUGAUGGGCUUGAACAGGCCGAUCAGGCUGUGAAGGCCUACAGACGAGCCACAGAGGUUGAUCCAGAACAACCACUUGCAUGGCAGGGUCUGAGCGGUUUCUAUGAGAAGCACCCAUCCUCUGAAAAUGACAAGGAACUAUUGCAGGUCUAUCAAAAACUCAGAGGACUUUGUGAAAAAGACAGUGAUAAGAAAAUUGAGAUUACAAAGAAGCUUGUUCAUCUACACAUUAAACUUGGGGAGGUUGUUGAGGGUGUAGAUCUGUACAUCAAAUUGUUAUCCGAGGUGUCAGAUGACUCCAUUAAAUGUAGUCUACAGACAGAGUUAUUGUCCUUGCUGUCCAGAUUGCCUUCCUUAACACAAGAUCAAGAACAACUUCUGGUAGAUAUGGUUGAAAGUGUUCUGAAGAUGGACUCACACCUAGAGGAGGGGGUGGUUGGGCUCUACUUGGAUGUUCUUAUGAAGAAAAAUGAUGCAUCAAGGUUGGAAAAAUGUUGCCAGCUUGUUUGUAAAAAGUAUUCAUCAAUGAAGUAUCCACUUGAAGUCAAUAUACUGUUAUGUAUGGACAAAGCCCUAGGUUCUGAGUCCCUUCUGCCUACAAUGGAGGCUGCUCUCUCUGAUUUGAUGACAAGACUUGCAGAGUUAGACAGUGCGAGUCAGAUACUUACAGCUGCUCAGGGUUUUCAGUCCCUCUGUAACAAGGAACUGAUCCAGGCCAGGGACAGCUUCCUCAAAGUGCUACCAGACCUGGAGACCACAGUCUGUGUUCAGUAUUACCUGUCACUCACCUACUAUCUGUUACAUAAGCUGACAGACGCUGAAUCUACUGCCAAACAGUGUGUCCUAUCUCUGGGGAAGAAGACGAGACGUCUGACCGUUGCCAGUGGUCCUGUAUCCAGGGCAGUCAGUGUUCUAAAAGCCAGGAUCCUAUUUCGCACUGGGACUCCCAGCUCCCUCCAGACUGCCCUAACCCUCACCCAGGAGCUGUGUACAGAAAUGUCAAGUCCAUCAGUUUUAUCUUUGCAAGGGCUUAUUUUGCUGAAAUUGAACAGAGUAGAGGAAACAGAGGAGAUAAUUGAUAAGCUGGAUGAUGGUGAGAAUAGAAUGGCCUUGGAGGGACAUGUCAAGUUUUAUCAGGCAGAAUUCACCAAGUCAGCAGUCAUAUUUUGUGAGCUGAUGAAGAAGGUCAGUUCAAGCAGUGAGUACCACCUGAUGUAUGCCAAGUCUCUGUGGUACGACAAAAGUUCACUGUCAAACAAUCUCCAAACGUGCUACACUGCUCUAUUAAAGUCUGCCAAACUCGAUCCCUACAGCAGUGAGCCAUUUGAGUACUUGGGGAGGUUUUACACUGAGAUACAGAAAGACAAGGGGAAAGGAAAGCGCUGCUAUCAGAAAGCCUUCGACCUGGACAGGAAUAAUGAUAAAGCUGGCGAGGCACUAUGUGAUCUAAUGACAGAACUAGGGGAAGAGCAUGAUGCCUUUCAGUUGUUAUUGUCUGUGACAAGCAGUGCUAGUGCUGGGUGCUGUAAGUGGGCGUGGCUGAGGUUGGGUCUUCACCAGGUCAAACAUGACACAAUAUCAGCGGCCAUCUCCAGCUUCCAGUCGGCUCUGAGGGCCGAUCCUAAAGACCCGCAUGUGUUUGAGUGUUUGGCUGAGGCCUACUAUAAGAGAGGAAGUUACACUGCUGCCCUCAAGGCCUUCAAAAAAGCUUCAGAGUUGAAUCCGAAAUCUUUGUACAGCCUGUUCAUGAUUGCUUGCAUUAAGCAGACCUUAAGGGUGCUGAGUGAGGCUGUAGAUAAUUACAAGCAUAUACUGGAGGGCUCCCCCAAUUACGUACCAGCUCUGAAAGGUCUGGGGGAGACCUAUGUACUGCUGGCCAAGCAUCACCUCUCUCAGGGCUUUAAUGGGCGUGCCAAGCUGAACUGUCAGGAUGCUCUUCAAUGUCUUACCAGGGCAGUGUGCCACAGGCCUGAUUUGUCCUGCCUUUGGAAGUUGAUGGGUGACUCCUGCACAAUCAUUCACCCCCUCCCAACAAAAAACUUCAGUUUUGUAGUGCCUGAAAAUUUGUACAAAUCCAAAGACUCAGAAAACAGUUGUGAACUCAACUUACAACAGACUCUACAGCUUGGAGCCAGGUGCUAUGGGAGAGCUCUAAAGCUGUUACCGGAAUGUGCUCAGCUGUGGCAUGAUCUGGGGUUCAAUCUGUACCAGCAGAGCCUGCACUCGGAGGAUGAGAACGCAGUGGGUGUGGCCGAGAAGUCAGCAGAGGCCCUUAAGAAGGGGUUGUCCCUGGAGCCUGCCAAUCAUCAGAUCUGGAACACACUCGGUCUUGUUUAUUGUCACUCAGGUCUGAAUAAACCAUCACUUGGGCAGCACUGUUUUAUCAAGUCUAUACAAGCAGAAUCUGAAAAUGUGGUGGCAUGGACAAACCUAGCAACACUUUAUCUUGAAAAAGGAAACAUGCAGUUAGCUCAUGAAGCAUUCAAAAAGGCCCAGAGUUUGGACCCAAACUAUGUGUCCUGUUGGAUUGGUCAGGCCAUGAUUGCAGAAACAGUGGGAGAUGAUGAUGCUAUGGAUUUGUUCCGACACACUACAGAGUUAUCUCCCCAUGUUGAGGGUUCCAUUGGGUACGCCCACUGGGUGUGUACAUUACUCAAGGACAAAGCCAAGCACAGCACAGAGAUGUACCGCUACGCCAUUCACCAGAUGGCGGCCAUUCCGGCUGCCUCCGACGCUCUGGCCAGAUAUCUGGACCUUGUGAAGACAAACCCUUGUGCAUACAACAUGUAUGGGCUUCUGAUGGAACAACAGGAACUGUACAGAUCAGCAAAGACGGCCUUCAUCAGGUCUAUUAAUCUACUGGAGCCGAGUGACAUUCUCCUGAACCACGUCAAACUCAACCUGGCCAGGGUACUGUGCAAGCUUGGGGACUACUCUGGUGCUGUGACUCUGUAUACAAAGUUUGGAGAACUGGACUCUCUGCAGGACCUGUGUCACAUGGGCCUGGCCUUCUACAAGUCUCAGCAAUACACAGAAAGCUACCAAGCUUAUGACAAAGCCCUAGAGGUCAGCACCAAUGACACAGAUAGUUCACAGAUUCACGCUGCUUUGGGGAUGGUGGCUUAUAAGUUUGGAGACAUAGAUGGAGCCAAAGCUUCUCUCUUUCAAAGUUCACAACUGCAGCCUGCCUCUUGCCAUGGACUUGAGGCUCUUUGUGCCCUUGGUCUGAAGUGUCGCGAUGUGACCUUGACCCAUGCUGUCCUUCAGGAACUGGUCGGGACAGAGAUGGACAACUCUGGAAUAUAUUUCACUGUCCUUCAAUAUGGUCUUCUAGAAGAAAACUGGGAGCUUGCAAAAUCAUUCCUAGAAAAAUGUAUCCACUGGUUUCCAGAUAAAUAUACACUCUGGAGGCUUUUAUCAAGGUUACAGCUCAGACAUCACCAUGGUAACAAACCCUCCACUGCAGCGAUGUGUAUGCAGGCAGCGAUGAGUCUGGAGCCCAAGAGUCAGGAAUUGAUGACAGAGGUCGCCAUGGGACAACUACUGGACGGCAAACAUGUGUCAAAGGACACCAAAAAUAACGCCUUACUGAGUGCACAAAGAGCAUUGCUCAUCAACCCAGGUAAAUUAGGCAACUGGUGCUCUCUGGUCUCCUCUGUUCACUGUCAAUCAGAGCUGGAGGCGGAGUCUGAGCGAGUUCAGGCUCUCCACAAGAUAGAGACCCGCUACUUGACAUGGCUGAUGUCAGCAGAAGAGUUAUCCGAAGACUUGAGAACUUGGUGUCUAAAACAGCUAACUGCUGCUCAGAUACUCUCAGGGGAAAGAACUCUGGAAUCUCUAAGUGGUGAAUUGAAGGAAUAUAUUGCAAAUCUACUUCAAGAUAAAUCAUUACAAUCCAGUGAUGUACAACAUGUCUUCAGUCUGUACAAGACUCUGCUGAAUGAUGGAGGAAAUGAUGAGGUUACCAAGUGCUUCUCCAGACUGACAGAUGACCUGAUAAAGAAGACCUCUUCACCAGACCCCCUCAUAAUGCUGAUGAGAGCUAUCAUCCUGAUGAAGACUAACCCAAAACUGGCCAAGCAUCGACUGGUGGAUGUUCUGAUUGCCGUCAGGUCGGAGCGCCCCCAGCCUCUACUCCUCCGCUCCGUCUCCAGGAGAUGUCUGCUCAGCAUCCUGCGGGAAAGUCCAGACAAAGACGCGGAACUCAUCCAGCUGAUUCUGACAGAGGCAGAAAAUGAUGGCGAUGAUGAAACAGUGAACUUUUAUCAGCAGUUUAUCAAAGACGCUUGAAGAUCAUUGUACAAGACUGUUACGAAACUGUUCACACCUCCCAUUAUAAAGGACUUCAUUUCUUUAUAACUAUUCUAUGACCGGGUCAUUGGAAAAGUUCAGUGAUAUUUGUAUAAUAUUAAACAAACACCACAUAUUUGUAUUAUUUAUCAAAAAAGUAAAUAAAACCUUUAAGAAAACAACGCACGGUCAUUUUCAUUUGUUGGUACA